UAGCCCAGCAGUUCUCAGCUUUUCUUUUCUGGUUGUAAAUAAUCAACUCUGUUGAUUUCUAGAAGCUGCAGCUGGUGACUCUCCACCCCCAACCCUCCUGGGUCACCCCACCAGUGACAACACAGGUAGUGGUGGCCUGGCUUCCUUUCUGGUGUUUUUACUGGGUGAUUGCCUGCUCAGAACUCAUAGGAGCCUUGCCCUCAUCCAAGCCAGUCCUCUCCCCAGACACAGAGCUGGAGGCGCUGCCUUCUCCUGGAGCCCUUCACCAAGCGAGCGUGCAUCUGACCCACCAUGGUCCCCACAGAAUCCACAAGCCUUAUCCCUAAUUUGUCUGACGACUAUAACUAUGGCUCCAUGCCUUCCAUGGAUGACUACCUGAACUUCAACUUCACUGAACUCUUCUGUAGGAAGAACAAUGUCAGGCAGUUUGCAAGCCACUUCCUGCCACCCUUGUACUGGCUUGUGUUCAUUGUGGGUGCUGUGGGCAACAGCCUGGUCAUCCUUGUCUACUGGUACUGCACAAGAGUGAAGACCAUGACCGACAUGUUCCUUCUGAAUCUGGCAAUUGCUGACCUUCUCUUUCUUGUCACUCUUCCCUUCUGGGCCAUCGCCGCUGCUGACCAAUGGAAAUUCCAGACUUUCAUGUGCAAAGUGGUCAACAGCAUGUACAAGAUGAACUUCUACAGCUGUAUGCUGCUGAUCAUGUGCAUCAGUGUGGACAGGUACAUCGCCAUUGCUCAGGCCACAAAAGCACAGACCUGGAGGCAGAAAAGACUUCUGUACAGCAAAAUGGUUUGCUUCAUUGUCUGGGCACUGGCACUCACACUCUGCAUCCCAGAAAUCCUGUACAGUCAAAUCAAGGAGAAAUCUGACGCCACCAUCUGCACCAUGGUGUACCCUAGUGACGAGAGUACCAAACUGAAGUUGGCAGUCUUGACCCUGAAGGUCAUCCUGGGGUUCUUCCUUCCCUUUGUGGUCAUGGCUUGCUGCUACACCAUCGUCAUUCAUACUCUGAUACAAGCCAAGAAGUCGUCCAAGCACAAGGCCUUGAAGGUGACCACCACGGUCCUUACUGUCUUUGUCUUAUCUCAGUUCCCCUACAACUGUGUUCUCUUGGUGCAGACCACUGAUGCCUACUCCCCGUUCAUUUCCAGCUGUGCCAUUUCCACCAACAUUGACAUCUGCCUCCAGGUCACUCAAACUAUUGCCUUUUUCCACAGUUGCCUGAACCCUGUUCUCUACGUUUUUGUGGGUGAGAGAUUCCGUCGGGAUCUUGUGAAAACCCUGAAGAACUUGGGCUGCAUCAGCCAGGCUCAGUGGGUCUCCUUCACAAGGAGAGAGGGAAGCCUGAAGCUGUCAUCUACAUUGCUGGAUACAACCUCAGGAGCUCUCUCCUUCUGAGGGACCUUCUCUCAGAGGUGACUGGUUCUUUGAAAGUAACAAGAAAUAUAGUUUCUUGUUACUGAUGAGACUGAGGAAACCAAAGAAGAAAAAGGAAGUGAGGGGGAAAUAAAAACUCAGAAAGGGACAAAUACGAACAUUAUUACUUUUUACUCAAAACUUGCCAAGCCAGAGUUCUCAAAAUUGACUUGCCAUCCCAGGAGACUGUUGAUCGGCUUUUAGCAGAAAUACUUGCAAUUUUCAAAGGAGGACUAAGAAAGAGCACUUCAGACCACCCUGGCUUUGCCUCUAGCCCAGCAUGAACGCAGCUACCCCUGGAGCAGGUGUUUGAUUUUCUCAGGCCACUGUAAAUUGCUGUGCCUUUAGUUCUGAGGCCACCCCUUCCAGAGGGGGACACAGAAUCAUAGUCCACAGAAGCACAGUUUCAUGAAAACUUCCAUCUUUGCAGAAUUCCUACCCUGGUUUUUUGGCCUGAUACUCAUACCAGGUCUUAUGGAUUUUUGAUCUAGAAUCUUUCCAAACCACUUCAGAUCUAAUUCUCUUCUGGUCUCUUUGAUCUGUUCUGGGCCAGUGAGGGUCCUUAUUCUUGUUUUCAGGAACAAAACGUAUCUGCAGGACAGGUCAGUGAGUCCCGGGCCAUACCAGCAAGUCAUCCAGGUUCUGUUGGAUUCCAACCCGCUUCUGUGUCCUGCUGGAGGUUCUGAGUCCGCACCUGGCCGCAGGCGGAUCUGGGAAAGGAUUCAGCCGGCCCGCUGGCGUCGUGGAGUCCGUGCUCUCAGCCUGUGCGGGAGAGCAGCU